AGCCCAGCAAGGUGAUUGAUCUCAAGGCAGAAUAUGUUGGUGUGACUUCUGUCAACUUAACCUGGACAGUGAAUGACACAGCAACAGACACCUACAGAUACAGAAUAGAGGUUAGCAAUGGGCACUCCGUUAACAACGAGACAUCAAAUAUCACAGAAACUGAAAUUACUGGGUUAACCCCUGGGACGCCGUACACUUUCACAGUCUUUGCAGUAGCAGCUGAUGGUGUGACGGAAGGAGUAGGAGCGUCCAUAAGCCUGUAUACAAAGCCCAGCAAGGUGAUUGAUCUCAAGGCAGAAUAUGUUGGUGUGACUUCUGUCAACUUAACCUGGACAGUGAAUGACACAGCAACAGACACCUACAGAUACAGAAUAGAGGUUAGCAAUGGGCACUCCGUUAACAACGAGACAUCAAAUAUCACAGAAACUGAAAUUACUGGGUUAACCCCUGGGACGCCGUACACUUUCACAGUCUUUGCAGUAGCAGCUGAUGGUGUGACGGAAGGAGUAGGAGCGUCCAUAAGCCUGUAUACAAGUAAGUGGCUCUUUCUUGUAGUUGUGUUUCUGGUGGACUGUGUUUUGCUGUGCAGCAUAGGGCUCUGCUUAAUUCUCUGA